AAAUAUUAUGUAACUCAAUCAGACUAUUAGCAACUAAAGAGUGAAUUUUAAAACUUUAAAUUUGUUUGAUCGCAUUGAACAUUGAAUCGAAACAUUAGAAAAGGUCUUAAUAUUAGCCGUAAUAUAAGAGAUGGACAUAAAUACGGAUGAAUUCAAUCGUGUAAACUAUGCACACCUUCGAGACGCUAAUAAUCUCAUCGACAGAAUAAUCGAUGAAAGCGGAGAGAAAUACGGACUGGUACUGGACGUUGGGUGCGGCAGUGGCAAUGUGACCGCACUAUUGAAUCAGAGGAUAUCAUGUGACAAAUUGGUUGGACUAGACAUAGACAUGCGAAUGAUUAAGUUUGCUAAGACUAACUAUAACUCACCGAAAGUCAGUUAUGUUGUCCAAGAUAUUAGUGCCGAAUGGCAUCAAUUGGAUCCAACUCUAAAGGAAUUGGAGGGAAAAGUGUCUCUAAUAUUCUCGAAUCGAGUCCUUCAUUGGAUUGAGAACAAGACAACUGCCACUAAAAAUUUGUAUCGACUUCUGGCGCCAAAUGGAAAGUUGUACACAAAUAUCACUACUCUUUGGGAUCUGUUUGACGAUUUGGUGUCCAAUGAGAAGACAGAGAUUGAGAAACUGAUCAAGAUCCCCUCAAAAGACGAACAAAUUGCCAACUGGAGGACAGCCUUCGCUGAAUCUGGAUUUAAAGAUAUUGACAUUGAAUUCUCGGUUCUCCGACAGCUAUACCCGAGCGAUCAGUUCAAGAAUAUUCUUUUGCCAUAUUUUCCAAAUUUGACGAAAAAAUAUUUGAUAGAAAAGGAUCCGAUCAAAAGAAAUGAAAUCAUGUCCUCUGGUUUCAGAGACACAGUGCGGGCGGCAAUCUUAAGACAUCACUGCAGAGAACUGCCCAUCGGUUCCGAUGGUAACGCUAUGAUUGAACUAAACUACGGUCAGUGCAGAGUCAUUGCCCACAACUGAUUCAACACAUCUCUUAUGUAUUUUACUUUUUUUAUUAUCAAGAAUCUUAAAAUAAAAUAAAAUGCUUUUAUUUUACAUACAGUAACAGUAAAUUAAUUUAAUUUUGGUGACC